AUGUUAAAACAAAAAAAUAAUAAUAGUAUAUUAAAUAAAAUUUUUAUAAAAAAAAUAUUUAAAUUUAUUAAAUAUUUUAGUAUAUUUUAUUAUAAUAUAUAUAUAUGGAUAUAUAUAAUUAUUUUAAUAUAUAUUUUUAUUAAUAAAAAUAAAUAUUAUAAAAUAAUUAUAUAUAAUAAAUAUAAAUAUUUAAUAAAUUUUUUAUUUAUAAUAUUAUUAUUAAAUAAAUGUCAAAAAUCAGAUUUGAACUGA